CGACCCCCCAAGCAAGAUGUGCUUCCUCAAAGAAGAUUACCGCGGCGAUUUUACUCUUCUACAGUCCAAAGGUUCGGUUCGACAAGUGGUGGACGAGUUGCUGAAAUCUCCUGUCCGUGAAGAUCCGUUUCACGUGCUCGAUCUGGAUGACGUCGUUCAGAAGCACCUGACCUGGCUGCGCCAGAUGCCCCGUGUCAGACCAUUCUACGCGGUGAAGUGUAACGAUGAUCCGUACAUUUUGGAAACCCUCGCGUGUCUGGGAACUGGAUUUGAUUGCGCUUCGAAGGCAGAGAUCCGGAAAGUUCUAAAUCUGGGAGUCGAACCGGAUCGAAUAAUCUUUGCUCAUCCGGUGAAAUCCAAUGAGGCGCUGCUGUUUGCCAAAGAGAAGCGGGUUACUAAGAUGACCUUCGACAGCGAGUUGGAGCUGGAGAAGAUUGCACAGUUCUAUCCGGAAGCCGAAUUGGUGCUGCGAUUCCGGCACGAUUCAGCCACGGUGCUGAUCUCGCUGGGGAAGAAGUUCGGAUGCAAUGCACAAGAGGAAGGUCCGGAGUUGAUCCGGAAAGCUAAGAAACUAGGUUUGAACGUUGUGGGCGUGAGCUUUCACGUUGGAUGCGGAAGCAAGGAUGUCGACUGCUACUACGAUGCGAUCAAAUCAGCCAAAUCGCUGUUUGACUUUGCUUCCAGUGUGGGAUACAAGUUUAAGUUGUUAGAUAUUGGUGGUGGAUUCCCGGGGGAUUCGGAUAAGAAGAUCGAUGGUUACGCGGAAGUUAUCAACCAAGCUUUGGAUAAGUUCUUCCCAACCCAAAGUGGAAUCGAAGUCAUUGCUGAACCGGGAAGGUAUUAUGUGGGAUCUGCCGUGAGAUUGUUCACCACAAUUCAUGGAAAGAAGUUCGUCAAAACUGAUGAUGGAGAAAACCACGUUAUGUAUUACAUCAACGACGGAGUAUUUGGAACCCUAUUUGAUUGGGUGAGUUUGAGAGCGGUUCAAGAUUUGGCUCGAGUAAUCCCAUCGAUUACGAGUGACAAACAUGACAAACCUCUGCUGAAAACUACCAUCUGGGGUCCUACCUGUGAUUCUACGGAUAUCGUUUGUGAAGACGUAGAAUUUCCAGAGCAUGACAUUGGCGAAUACAUGCUGUUCGAGAACAUCGGUGCAUACGGGAUAACAUUUGCUACGAGUUUCAACGGUUUCCCGAGUCCCACCAUUCGGGUUUAUGUUAAGGAACAGACAUGGUCCGCCUUAACAAAUUUGAAGUGUAUCAAAUGGACGGACAAGGCAUUAGACGCAUUAGAAUCACAUUUCCAGCGUAAAUAAAGGUCAAUCAAAUUCUGAUUACAAGGUCAGUUUCUCGGCUGGGUGAUGUUCUUUUCUAGCAGCAUCAUUUCUCGUGUGAGUCAUCCGUUAUGAACAUUGAUUAGUGACAGAAUUGUGAUACUGGAAAUAAAAAUGUGUCUUAAAUCUAUUACUCCAUAAUUGAAAACAAGUUCCAUGCGAUAAAAAAGUGCUUUAAAAUUAGUUUUGUUCGAAAUAACAAUAAUAUGAAACAACAUUUUUGUGAUAUUAACUAAUUCAGCAAACAUAAAACGUAAAUAUCUCUGAAAUACAAAAAUAUAGUAACAAAAAUUUAA